AGUCUAGAAAAGCUUGAAAUAUUAUUCUUUAUAAGCAGCAGUCUAUCUAUGUCUAUGUGCAUAGAUCAGCGUGUUUAGGGAAGAAAAUUUAUAUAUUACCUGUUGUAUUCGACAUUGUUGAAUUUUCAACGCACUUUUAACAACUGCUAUUCAUAAUACAAACUCUACUUCGCACAACAACUUGAUUGUAUCAAACAUUGAACCUAUAUGCUACCCGUUAUCGAGAUCGCAGAUGAGCUAUGUUGUUGCUAUAGCGGUGAACAUUGAAGAUGGAGGAGUACGACAGAAAAAUAGCACAAAUUCCAUUAUUUACCGUCAGCCAUUUUUAUUUAUUUUGAAACUUAAUGAUGCCGUUGUUAAGUAAUAAAAUUAGGCUGGCUUUUUCAAGUAAAUUUUUGCGUAAACAUUACUUAUUUGGAAGAAAACUAAUAUUGGCUAAUCGUAAUAACCAGACGACGCAGAAAAUAUAAGACGCGGAAAUAGACCGAUAAAGCGUGGAUUCAUCUGUCAACAGAAGCGACUAUACAGAUUCAGAAUCAGCGGGCAAAUGAAAUAUAGGAAGUCAGUUUUCUACAAAAUUAAAUUUUUCUCAAAAUGAUCUAUCUCAGAGAUUUUUCACCGAAACAUUUUUCUUAAAGCCGUUUUGAUGUGUUGCUGGCAUUUUCCUAACCGAAAAUAAUCGUCUUUCUCCAGGAAAAAUCAAUGAACGAACCGAUACCCCCAUUUAAUUGUCCUUUUUUAAGAUCAACUAAACUCUUGAGCUUACAUUGCUUAGUUUCGCUUUUUUCAAACAAAAUUAUUUAUACAUAAAUAGCUUUCAAAAAAGCUCCUUCUUCAUUUUUUUUCUUCUAUCGACCGUUAUUACAGAUGAAAUCGAAACGCCUGUCAAAUAUCGACGUCUCGACAGAGAUCAAGCUGUGGUUCUCUUCGUUGAUCAUCAAACGGGUCUUUUCUCAUUGGUACGUGACUAUACUCCAGAUGAAUUCAAAAAUAAUCUCUUGGCCCUGGCUGAUACUGCAAAACUUUUCAAACUUCCGGUAAUUCUAACAACAAGCUCUGAAACGGGACCAAACGGCCCGAUAAUGCCUGAAUUGAAGAACACGUUUCCAGAUGCUCCCUACAUUGCUCGUCCUGGUCAGAUCAAUGCCUGGGAUAAUGCUGAUUUCGUCAAAGCUGUGAAUGCGACUGGCCGUAAACAGUUGAUCAUUGCUGGAAUUGUGACAGAAGUUUGUGUUGCAUUUCCGACUUUGUCUGCUCUGAAAGCUGGCUAUGAAGUAUUUGUUGCGACAGAUUGCAGUGGAACACUCAACGUAGGUAUCCGUGAUUCUGCGUGGCUAAGAAUGAAUCGAGCUGGAGCACAGUUAUAUAACUGGUUUGCCAUUGGUUGUGAACUGCAGCGUGAUUGGCGUAACGAUGGUGAAGAUUUCGCUAACUUGCUGGCCAAUCAUCUGCCUCCAUAUGCAAAUCUGAUUGAGAGUCAGAAAGCUACAAUUCAAGGUGUUUAA